ACAAAUAGUUCGGUAACUAUUUUUUUUCUUGACAACAUCAUGUCGAUUCAAGUGGCUAUCAACGAAGACAAUAAGGAAAAUGCAUCAGAAAACGAAGAAAAGAAAACUCCAAUAUUUACAGUCGAAUUACUGAAAUUAAUUAAAGAAGCACAACAACAACAUGGGUUACGACAUAAUGACUAUCAAAGAUAUAGAGGUUAUUGCUCGAGGCGCAUUAGACGUUUGCGAAAAGUCAUGCACUUACAACAAGGUGACAGACGAAAUUUUCGUAAGAAAAACAUCACAGAAGCUAAUCUUAUUGACGAAAGAGCCGUUUACAUUCCAUUGAUGUUAGCUGAACGAGCAUGGAGUUAUGCAAUGCAAUUGAGAGUAGAAGCCAAUACGGAGCCGCGAAAGAAGUUUCAUUUGGUGUCUAGAUUGAGGAAAGCGGCUAGUUACGCUUUACAAUUACAAAAACUUUGUGAGUUAGACAAAUUUGAUGCUCGUACUCAGCUUGAAACCCAAGCUUACGUAGCUUGGUGUGAAGGAAUGUUACAAUUUGAGUUACAAGAUUGGAAACCGGCCAUAGAAAAUUUAAAAAAAGCCCAAAUGAUUUACGAAAAAUUAGCAUCUGCUCUGAAUGAAGAAGAUGCAAUUUUGUACAGGAAUCGGUACGAGGAAUUAGAGCCUAGCUUGCGUUUUUGUGCCUACAAUAUAGGUAAUGAAACUGAUGUCAAUCAGUUGCUACACUUGCGAAACCAGGCUCAAGGAGAUUUAUUAGUUACAUUAGACACGCUAAUGGCUCAAACAAGAGACUCGCUGAGUGAAGUGAGUUGGAGAAACCGUACAGUGCCGGUAAAGAAUACUCGUGUAAGGACAUUUUUGUUGGCUAAUAGAGAUUUUGAUGCAAUGUUGGAUAAAUGUACUACGUUAGCUGAAAAAAGUGACUCGUUAGAACAGCAUUUAAUGGACUGCAAGGAUGCUAUGCUGGCAAUUCGUGAGGAUAUUAAAACUGAACAGAAAUUGGAUGGUGUGUCUACUGCUGUAGCAUCGUCUUUACAGUAUCUUCACACUUAUUUGUCGUUUAUUCGUCUAGAAAGAUCGAUCCAACGUAAUUUAUUGCUAAUCGAAAGCGCGUUAGAAAAUGAAAGCAAUAAACAAGGAACUCUUGGUAGUAAAAAACUUCAAGACAUAACUCGCUUGUAUGAAAUUUUGAUUCAAAACAUUUUGGAAGAACAGCAAUUGCCAGGUUUAGAAGACGACACUGAAUUCCAAGAAAAUUUGAAUAUCAAAGCUAAAGCUUAUAAAGCAUUCAGGUGUUAUUAUAUUGGACAGAGUUUGAGUACAUUACACCGCUGGAAAGACACUAUGGCCAUGUACGAAAGAGCUUUACUACACGCUUCGUCUGUUAUUAAUCAAGUGAACGGAGACUUGAAAUCUCGUUUAAGCCACUUAGUUAACAUUAUCGAGUCUUCCAAAUAUUGUGCCCACGCUCAAAGUGUUCUUGAACAAGACAAUGAAGAAGAAUUGAACAGCUUGAAGAAUACAAAAUUAUUAAAACUGCCAUUGACAAAGCGAUUAGAUGAAUAUUUUGAAGAUCUGAGUAUACUCGGAAAAGAUCCAAAUGUCAUUAAAUUGCCACCCGAAAUGGAAGAAGUACCAUGCAAACCAUUGUUCUUUGAUGUCGCUUUAAAUCAUGUAAAACUUCCAGCAUUUAAAAAACAAGCUCCUUCUAAUCCAGCUAACAAAGAAGGUAUUUCAGGAUUUGUUAAAGGUCUUUGGGGUUGGGGUGGUAAAAAAUAAUAUUUAUUUACUGAUAUAUUAUCUUACAUUGUUCAAACUUUAUCUUUUCAACACAAAUCUUAAGCUCUAUAUUCAAAACAAACUAAAAAAUAAUAUAUUUAUAUACAUAUAUAUAUAUUAUAAAUUUAAUUUUAAGUAUUUUUGUAAAACGACGGAACUACUUAAAUCAGUAGUGGUCUAAUAUUCAUUUUUAUUACAAUAAAUAACUUCACAUCUAUGAAAAUAAUGGUAGAAGAAAUGUUAAGUUUAUAUAAGUUGUAAAUUAGUUUUAAGCAACAGUAAUU